GGUGGGAUGCAGCCCACAGAGACCCGUCUGUAGACUCAAGUUAUGGCUCGACCACUCGCGGAGAACCUCGUCCGGCUGCAGUUCUCCUCCUCCGGCCAAGUGUCCGCCCAGUAUCCAGCCAGCCUCAGCCCGCUGCAGGAGUCGCAGUCCCGGACGGAGCUGAGAAAGUAAACUGAUUAGCAUCGAGGACCACAAACACUGCAGUGCUGAGGUGAGUGAGGGGCACCAUGCAACACGCCUGUGAGCUGAAGAUAACAACUCACCUUCAAGAUGACAGUCGGUUGAGAAGGAUGGGGCAACAACUUCACCUCUAUUGCCCAGGUGUUUACGUGACUAUAAGGGCGUGGACCUCUUUGUGGUGCACCAUCUGAUGCCGCCAUAGUUCCAAGUGCCUUUUGACCAACCUGAUAAUGAGACUCUGAGUCUCACUCAUCUGAAGUACGGCUCACCAACACACCUGCGUCAAAGUAAAAACCCUGCAGCCAUGAAUCUAUUCAGGAAAGCCACCAUGAGCAGUAAGAAGGAGAAGGCGUCUGACGUCCAGUAUGAAGAGCCCCCGGAUGGUGGUUGGGGCUGGAUGGUGGUGCUGCAUUGCUUUCUGGUCAAUGUCCUCGUGAUGGGAACACUGAAGACUUUUGGGAUCUUCUUUGUAGCGUUUCAAGAUGAGUUUGGAGGGUCGGCAGAAAGCAUCAGCUGGAUAGGGUCCAUCAUGUCCAGUCUUCGUCUCUCCGGAGCUCCCAUAGCUUCUGUGGCUUGUGCCAAGUUCGGGACCAGGGUGACUUCCAUUGCAGGGGCCAUUCUGGUUAGCGGAGGCUUCCUCGUGAGCAUUUUCGCCAACAGCGUGGUCUAUCUGUACGUCAGCAUGGGAGUCAUAGUUGGAAUGGGUUUCGCUCUGCUGUACCAGGCCUUCUCAGUGGUCACAGCUCUUUACUUCAGGAAGAGAUUGGCAACGGCAUAUGCAAUCGGGAGGUCAGGGAUGGGUUUGACCUUUGCCCUUGCCCCCUUCACACAGCUGCUUCUUGACCAGUACGCCUGGCAAGGAGCAAUGCUCAUUCUUGGUGGUUUGAUGCUCAACUUGGUGGCCACCGGGAUGCUGCUGCGACCCAUAAACGUGAAGCCUCCCGUCGUCUCCAAGGCGACGUCUCCCCCGACACAGAAGAGCCCAGCUGUGUCGCUCAAAAGCUCCUCAGAAAAGGACAACCCUAAAAGUUGCCUGAAUGGCUCGUCGCAUUUAUCGAACGGCCUCGCCAAGCCAGCCGUCCCUUCUUCUAUUCCUAGAGACACUGAGGAGAGGCAGGAGCAGCAAGCGAACCAGGAACAAACUAGGCUGGUCCUCAAUGGUGUGAACAAUCACGAACCCCAAAAUGACUUGAGUCCGUGUAAGCCGGCUGCUCCAGACUGCGCCUUAGAGCUUAACGGCAGCAUGAACGGGUCUGCCAUCGCGGGACUCCCCAACCAGGCCGGCACUUCCGCCGUUGAAGCCAAAGUUCUUGAUUUCUCCUUGUUAAAGGACCCGUUCUUCUGCAUCUACACAUGGUCUUUGGUCUUCAGCCAGCUGGCCUACUUCAUCCCCUACUUCCAUCUGUCUGCCCGGGCGCGGACACUGGGCAUCGACGCCAUGGAUGCUUCUUUCAUCAUCUCUGUGGCAGGUAUCACGGAGACCAUCGCUCAGCUGGCGUCGGGCUGGGUCACCGACCGUAACCUCUUCCACAAGUACCACUUCCACAAGGCCUACCUGAUUCUGUGUGGACUGGUCAACCUGCUCUCCCCACUGGCCACGUCCUACAUCCUGCUGAUGGUCUACGCCGUCUUCUUCGCCAUCUUCUGCGGCGGUUACAUGGCGCUGCUGCUGCCAGUACUGGUUGAUCUGGUGGGCUCAGAGAAACUCAACAACUCCAUGGGCUUCUCCAUGUUCUUCGUGGGCCUGGGCUGCCUCACUGGGCCCCCUUUGGCAGGGUUCCUGUUCGACUACACUCAGACGUACGACUGCUCCUUCUACCUGGCCGGGCUCUGCUAUCUGCUCUCCUCCCUGUCUCUGUUCAUGGAGCCGCUGGCUCAGCGCUGGAAGGCCCGGAAGACAAAGAGCCGGGUCAAGAGAGCAGAAAACAGCUGUCGGACCAACGGCUGCUUCGCCACUGACCGCCUGCAGAACGGCGUCGUGUAGCUCCAAGGAAGUGCUCUGGAUCUGGAACCAGCGUGUUCCUGACCCCCGGCCCUGAAUGUGACGAGGACCUAAGUGGGGGUGGGACCCGGGCCACGUAGAAGAACACAGUGACAUCAGAAGUGCAGCUGAAAAGUGGACUGCGAAAUACAUUUGAAAGCCAAAAUUCUGACUUCCGCCCUGAAUCUCAACACAAGCAACACUCGAACGGCAACGCGGGACUAGCUCUGACAAGCACACCAUCCUCCUGGAAUCGAGCUAUGCAACUCACAGGACAGCAGAUUAUUGUUAUCACUUACCUGAUAAAUACUUAACUCGCAACACUGAUCACCUGCGGAAGCCUUUAACCUGUACUCUCACACGCACUUUGGGCCAAAACGUCGUUAUGCUGCAUGCCGAUGUAACCUUCGACUGCCAGUGACAUGAGACACCUCACAGUAGGCAGAUCGAUGAAGCUGAGAAGCAAUAGUUAUAGAAUAAUCCAGCACGAUCUCGUAGCCUUGACUCAUGUAAUCGAUGCAAUACUAGUAUGUUAUGAGCCCUUUUGUCACGUCAUCGCGGAACUCAGUUUAGUGUCGGGCCCUGCAGCGCCGGAGCCCAGCAGGAAUGUACGGCUUUUGUACGCAUCUACACUGACAUUUGACCCCCGGGUCAAAGGUCAAACCAAUCGUGUUAUUCACGACACAAUCGCAUCCAACGUGACAUUUUCAGGUGAUACUUUGGCUUCCUUUCCACAUGUAAAUCCAUCAUCUUAUCAGGUUUGUCAGCGAUGGAUCCUUAUUGAUCUAGUGAUUUCACAUUAGUCAUAUCUGAUGCGGUCUUUGCUUGCGGACUUAAUGGAUAUUAAGUCACGGGAACAGCAAACUAUUUGUGAACAAGAUACAUUUUAGCCACGGUCAAGACGAUAUCACGCAUGAAGCAGAAAGCUCCAGGAAAGCUGGAGAAAUUUCCAUUUCCCCCCCCAAAUUUUAUCUUGACUAAACAUUUUCAAACUAAUGAAAACCCAGUGCAAAUAUUUUAUUCAUGUUUUUUUCCUCACUGCUCACAAGCCAACCUGACUUCAGUGAUUAACAAGUCUACUAUGUUAAAAUCCUAAAAUACAUUUGUUUAAAAAAAAUAUUUCAACAAACUGAUUAUUGUUUUCUAAAGUGGGGUGGAUUUAAGCACAUUUUCCUAUUUUUCUGGGGGUUGUCAAGGUUGACAUGCGGGUGAUGGUGCUGACAAGGGGUAUUCUUUUAUGUACGUAACUGCAUGCGUGUAACGUCCUUAAAAGUAUUUAUGAUUAACGCUUUUUUGUGUACCACCUAAUUAUUGUUUCAUAGAUUGAGCUUGACUUUUACAUUGACCAUGUUUUUUCCCUUUUGAAUAUAUUUUGCCAAACUAAACCAAUUCCCUUAACUAUGCAACAGCAGGCUUCGCUCCCUCUGAUUUACACGCUGAUGUUUCAACCGGAACACAUGUCACUGGUCACAUGGAGAAGCAGGGCAGCGGUGCCAGAGCUCACCUCUGACUGACUGUGUUUUCAUGAUGUGUCUGUGUAAUAGAUGGGCGGUGCCCCCCACUGGACUGUGAGGACCCGCUGCCUCCUCAGUGCCUUCAAGAGACGGCUUUUACUAUUAUUUUGGGUUGUGUUUUGGACUCUUAUUGGGUUGUUUUUUUAUGUCUUUCACUUUGGUUUUGUGUUGUCACUGCAUUUAUACUUCUCACCUGUUUGCCUUACAAGGUACUGUUUUGUAUCUUUUAUUAACUCCCUGCAACGUCAGCCAAAGACACAGUAGACUUCGACAACUUGAUCAUUUUCUUAUGAAGCAUUUUAGCCAGCAUCGCGAUUUUAAGUCUCGUCUAGUUUGGAUGUGAAUCCGCGACUAUUUCCACCCAUUCACUCUAAAAGUCAUGUUUUGAAAGUGUUCAGGCACUUUUGAAUGAUUUUAGCUCAAUAUUGUUCCGCUUUAAUGUCCUAAAUCAUAGUGGCUUAUUGUCUUUUUUAACAACUCUCACGUUCUUGCAUUAUAAUUAUAAGAUAAUGAUAAUUUAUACAUAAUUUGAUUGUUUUCCUUCUUAACUUAUGGUUGUCUGAUGUCAACAGUGCAGCUAGAAAUUCUGUUUUCCGCUUCUUAGCCAGCUCACAUCUCUUUCUGAUCAUUAUAGAUAUAUUCAUCUGAAAAUCUCGUGAUAAACAAUGACAUCUAGCAUUACCUCAGAGCAGUAGAUAUUUAACAGUUCACUGGAUCGCGCACGCGCAAACUAGAGCGCCGCAUUAUUGACCUUUUACCUCGGUACUUUGGAAGUUCUUCCUCACUUUUACUUCUGUGACAUCUCCUAUUAAACCCCUCUUUUAAUCCCAUUAAAGGAUGGAAAUGGUCUCUGAUGGGAUCCGAGCGGUGCUGACUUGUUUUGCAAUAGCGCCCUCAUGCGGCGAUUCAGACUCCUGCCUCAAGAAUGCAGUGUCAAUUAGCAGCGAGUGAUUUUCCCUCUCAGCUCACUUUCACAAUACCGUGCAAGGCUCUUUGUCUUGUUUCAAUGCCGACAGUCAUGCACUAAAGCUCAUUUGGCUCACGAGGUGCGUUCACUGCCUUCUCCACUGGCGGGGCCUCUGACUGUUGAGGGCCACCCAUCCCUCAUCUGUGAUGCUUUAAGACCUGUUUAGGGACUCAUAGUUUUUGGAAAGGAACUAUAAUAAAAAUGUUUG